CACACUGCGCAUGCGCGAACAUUUACCCAGCAGGUAAACUCCACCAUGGCGGCGAGAGGCCAUGUGCAGGACCCCAACGACAGGAGACUCAGACCCAUAUACGAUUACCUUGACAAUGGCAACAAUAAGAUGGCAAUACAGCAGGCAGAUAAACUGCUGAAGAAACACAAGGACCUGCACUGCGCCAAGGUCCUAAAGGCCAUUGGCCUUCAGAGGACUGGAAAGCAGGAUGAAGCCUUCACUUUGGCGCAGGAAGUGGCCACUCUGGAGCCCACUGAUGACAACUCACUACAAGCUCUGACUAUUCUGUACAGGGAGAUGCAUCGUCCUGAGCUGGUCACCAAGCUGUAUGAAGCUGCAGUGAAGAAGGUUCCUCUCAGCGAGGAGUAUCACUCUCACCUCUUCAUGGCUUACGCUCGCGUGGGGGAGUACAAGAAGAUGCAGCAGGCAGGAAUGGCGUUGUAUAAAAUCGUCCCCAAGAAUCCGUAUUACUUCUGGUCUGUCAUGAGUCUGGUGAUGCAGGCCAUCUCAGCACAAGAUGAGAAGCUGGCCCAAACCAUGUUCCUGCCUCUGGCUGAACGCAUGGUGGAGAAAAUGGUGAAGGAGGAGAAGAUCGAAGCAGAAGCAGAGGUGCAGCUGUACUUUAUGAUCCUGGAGCGCCUGGGAAAGUGUGUCGAGGCUCUCGAGGUGAUCAGGGGCCCACUUGGAGAGAAGCUGACCAGCGAGCUGCAGAGCAGAGAAAACAAGUGUAUGAUGCUCUACCAGAGGCUACAGCGCUGGCCCGAGUGUAACUCCCUGGCCCACAAGCUGCUGCUCAAAAACCCUGAUGAUUGGCAGUUCUAUCCCUCCUACUUUGACUCUCUCUUCCAUCUGAUUGACCAGUCGUGGAGUCCGCCAGAAGAAGGAGAGCACUGUUCGGAGGGUUCGGUACAUCACACUGUGGCUGAGGUGGUGAGGUUCGUGGAGGAGAGAAUUAAAGGGGAGGAUGGCAAAGACUCCCGAUCACUCAGAGGACCCUAUUUAGCUCGUCUUGAAUUAAUGCACAGACUGAGAGAAAGGGGCUGUCCUGAAGAGAGCCUGUUAGGUGAGCCUUUAGAGCUAAUGGUGCAGUUCUUCGGGAAGUUUGGAGACAAACCCUGCUGCAUCACCGACCUAAAAAUAUACCUCCAUCUGCUCUCGCCUGAACAGCACGUGCAGUUCAUUAACCGUCUGAGUGAAGCGGUCCCGCUGGGGGAGCAGGGAGAGGAGGGAUUCGCUUUUCCAGAGGACACCAAAGCGCUGCAGAGGCAUUUGUGCGUGUGCCAGCUGAGUCGAGCGCUCGGGCUGCAUCACGCUCUCGACGUGGACGGGAAACUGCGGCUCAUCGCAGAGCUCAAAGCUCACUAUCGGCACGGACUCAAGUUUGGGAAGAGCGCUCUGAAGACGGAGCUGCAGUUCUCUGAUAUGUAUUGUCUCAUGGCAGCUCAUGUAUACAUCGACUUAUGGACAGACACUGGGGAUGAGAGCAUGGUGUGGCAGUGUUUGGGCGUCCUCCAGGAGGGUCUGUCUCUGAGUCCCUCCAACGCCCAGUUCAAGCUGCUGCUGCUGCUCGUCUACUGUCACCUGGGAGCCUUUGAGCCUGUGGUGGACCUCUACUCCAGCCUGGACGCCAAGCAUGUACAGCACGACACCAUAGGGUUUCUGUUAACACGCUACGCUGAGUCAUUGGGUCAGUUCGCUGCAGCCUCCCAGUCUUGUAAUUUCUCCCUCAGGUUUUUCCACUCUAACCAGAAAGAUACCUCAGAGUAUAUCAUCCAGGCGUAUAAGUAUGGAGCGUUUGAGAAAAUCCCAGAGUUCAUCGCUCUCAGGAACAGGUUGAACCAAUCGCUGCACUUUGCCCAGGUCCGCACUGAGAGGAUGCUGCUGGACCUGUUCCUCGAGGCCGAUAUUGUGUUGAGUCUGGAGGAGAGCGUGAAGGCCAUGUCUUUGUCUCCAGAGGAGGAUGACAUCCCCUGGGAUAAUAUGAGGGACAACAGAGACCUUACUGUUUUUACCAGCUGGGACCCUAAAGACAGACAGUUAACUGAGGAGCACCGGCGUCGUUCUCUGGAGGAAGAGUCCGUGUGGCUGAGGAUACGCUCUCUAACGCUUCGCCUCCUCGCCUCUUUGGCCGCUCUGGGACACACGCCAUCGCAACAGAACUCUGAGGUGACCAACGAGAACGGAGUGGGAGACAAGACCUCGAUCCUCAGCAGCCUGCUGUCGCAGCUCAACCAGACUCUGCAGACGGCCGCUCAGAUAGCAGAAAAACGCGUACAGUAUCCAUUCCUGGGACCCCCCUCCACCCGCCUGGCCCCAGCUCUGUCCAGUGGGAGCUGUCAGUGCCAGGCUGCAGCCCUCCAGCUGUCUGUCCACCUACAGGAGCUGGAGACCGUCGGACUUGAUGAGUCGUCAGAGCUUCAAACCCAGAUCUGUAACGGUUUCAAAUCAUUAGUAGUUCAGCUUCAAGAAAUACUGAAUAAAUGCAAAGGGGAUUUAUUGGAACUGAAAGAGAGCACAUUAAAAACCUGGCCCUCCUUAUUAGAAAACCUAGUCUUCUUUGUUGAGACGGUGUGCAUAGUCUUGUGGAUGGCUAGUCACUGUGCCAAGAUCCUCCGACCACUCAAGACAAGUCUACAGAAGAAGAAGAAGAAGAAAAAGGAUGCAAACACAGCUCUGCCAGCGGUGGUGUGUGGCUUCCAGGAGCUGACGGGGAGCUUGCAGGACGUGCUCACCCAGGCUCUGGAACAUAUAAAGGGGCAGGAGACUGGCAUGACGGCCCUUAAACUGGCCAGUUUAAGUUUGGAAGGACACACACAGGAGGAGGCGUCGUUUACGAAGGCUGCUAUGGACAAGGUGCAGAGCAGUUACCUGCGCUCACUACAGGAGGUGGGAGAUCUGCUCAAGAAGAGAGCAGAAACUAUAAAGAACCUCAAGAUCUGAGCACCAUCACACACCCCAAAUAAUGAUGACUGUACCCCCACCACCACCACCACCACCACCAUCACCAUCAGCUCCCCCUCUCUCCACCACCGUCUGUCUGCCCACCAGCUAACCUUCGACCCCUACAGCCUACCUACAACCCGCCCGGCCUCCUCUCCUCCUGCAUAUUUCUCCAGUCGGCGUUUGUGAGCUCUCAAUCUGGAUUUUUCUUUUUCUUUCCCCUCGACACACACCUCUGGAACAUUUGCAACUCUUAUAGCACACGAGCUUGUAAGUAAACUCAUGAAUUUAUACAGCAGCAGUUAUAAGUGAAAAAUGAGGAAAAAAAGACGUGCUCCUUUAAAAGAUAAGAAUAGAGCAAAUUAGGAAAAAUGAAUACGCAGUUUUAGAAGAACUAAUCUAAUAAAUUAUUGUACAUAGUAAAGAGCAACUACCACAACUCUCAAUGACUAAAUGAGAAUAUAAGACACAAUAAACCACUAUUCUGUUUGUCAGUUACGUUUCCUCUUUUUAUUUCUCACCAUGUUUCUCUGGUGAGAACAAUCACACACACACACAAACACACACACAGGGACUGUUAACACUAAGGAGGAAAGUUAUUUCAAUGUGCUGCUUUUCCAGCUGUUUCUCUCUGUCAAGAGCAAGCAGGCACAAUUUUGCAUUGAACUGAUGAGCCCUCUGGAAACAUGGACACCUGGCUACCUGCAGACUGAAGUUCCCCCCAUUCAACAUUUAUUUUGUCUUUUCUUCUUCUUCUUUUUUCUUUGCUUUGUGUAUCCUGUGUGUCGCUUUGAAAGUGGAACCACCUCCUGUAGUUGCAGUAUUAUAAAGAGCAGCGGUGGGUUGAGUUAAAGGACUUAUCUUUUUUUUUUUUAAUCUGAAUUGUCUGCCGCUAUUCUUUCUUUUCUUUUUUUUAAUACCAGUAGAAGUGGUGCUUGUAAACAUGUCUCUUGUGGAAUUGGGUUUGUUUCAGCACAACAACAAUAUAUUCAGGCAUGGAUCAAAUAAUCAGAAUCCUUUAAGACUGGAUUGAUUAUAAUUAUUUAAGAGACCAUUUUAAUAUUAAUGGGUAACAUCUGUACUUUUCAACCUGGACUCUAUUUUCCCAUGUUUUUGUGUCCGAGUGACGAAUGGAGGCAACAGUUUUUCAAGAGCAUUCAAGAAAAGUGCUUGUUUUUGUUACUGACAGGCUCAGAUUGUUGUUCUAUGUGUGUGAAAUUAUGGAAAGGAUCCCUACAGAGAUAGAGCUCUUUGUCUAAGAGUAACAUCCUAUUUAUUUAACAAGAAACACCUCAGAAAUCAUGAUUGCCACACCCACCAUCCUCCAUUUAAAUAGUACUUGUUUUUGCCACUGACAGACUCAGAUUGAUAUUUUAAGUGGAGGAAAGGAUCCCUACUGAGAUAGGCUUUUUUGUGAAAGCUAAGGUCCUUCUGGUUUAACAAGAAACAGCCCCAAAAUCACAAUUGCAACACCCACCAGACUCCAUUGAAAUAGUGUUUGUUUUUGUCACUGACAGGCUCAGAUUGUUAUUCUAACUCUGUGACAACAUUAUGAAAGGAUCCUACAGAGAUAGAGGUUUGUGUUAAAGAGUCAAUCCUUUUUGUUUAACCAGAAACAGCCCGGAAAUCACAAUUGCCACACCCACCAGACUAAAUUUAAAUUGUGCUUGUUUUUGUCACUGACAGGCUCAGAUUGUUAUUCUAACUCUGUGACAACAUUAUGAAAGGAUCCUACAGAGAUAGAGGUUUGUGUUAAAGAGUCAAUCCUUUUUGUUUAACCAGAAACAGCCCUGAAAUCACAAUUGCCACAUCCACCAGACUAAAUUUAAAUUGUGCUUGUUUUUGACACUGACAGGCUCAGAUUGUUAUUCUAACUCUGUGACAACAUUAUGAAAGGAUCCUACAGAGAUAGAGCUUUGUGUUAAAGAGUCAAUCCUUUUUGUUUAACCAGAAACAGCCCUGAAACCACAAUUGCCACACCCACCAGACUAAAUUUAAAUUGUGCUUGUUUUUGACACUGACAGGCUCAGAUUGUUAUACGUGUCUGACAACAUCAAGGAAAAGGUCCCCACAGAGAUAGACUUUUUUUUUUAAGACAAGAUCCUUUUCAACUACAGGAAACAGCCCCAAAAUUGCUAUAGCCAAAACCCACCAGCCUCCAUUUUAAAUAAUGCUUGUUUUUACCACUGACAGGCUCAGAUUGUUAUACAUGUUUGACAACAUCAAGGAAAGGGUCCUUACAGAGAAAGAUGUUUUUGUUAAUAAGAAAGGUCCUUUUUGUUUGACAGGAAACAGCCCCAAAAUUAUGAUUGCCACCAGGUUAUUAUUCUAAGUGUCCGACAACGUUUUGGAAAGGAUCCCUACAGAGAUAGAGCUUUGUGUUAAUGAGUAAGAUCCUUUUUGUUUAACCAGAAACAGCCCUGAAAUCACCAUCACCAAACCCACCAGACUCCAUUUGAAUAAACAGUCAUGUUAGUGUGUAUAGAGGCAGCAUGUUGUCACAUCUAACUGGGUGAAUUAAGGGUUAAUUUCAACCAAACCAGAGCUGGUGAUUGUUGGAACAGUGGAAAGAUGAACUAAGAUGGUUUCUUUUUCAGGGCUGUUUCUGGUUAAACAAAUAGGAUCUGACUCUUUAACACAAAGCUCUAUCUCUGUAGGGAUCCUUUCAUAAUGUUGUCAGACACUCAGAAUAACAAUCUGAGCCUGUCAGUGACAAAAACAAACACUUUUAGUGGACGUAAAUUACAGUGCGCAAUUGCCCCUUAACGUUACAAUGCAGCCUGUUUCAUCGAUGCCAGCUGCAGCACUCUCUCUCAGUAUUGGACCAAAAUCACAAACUGUCACCACCAUGAGUCACUAAGCAAAAAAACGUGAAAAAAAUAGGGUUCAGGUUGAAAAACAUCGAAGUUACCCUUUAAUGUUCACCAAGAACUGUACAUUUUAUACUCAUCCACAGUGUGUCGCUGCAGGCAUGGGAAGUCUCUCUCUCAGAAUUCAUCAGUAUGCAAAGAACAUCAUCACCUGUUAAAGGAUAUCCAUGUAUGUAGCGACACAACGGCAAAUACAAGUGCACAAACUAAUAUAAUUUAUUAGGAUGAGUGUUUUGGCAGAGUUGUAGUUCAGUCCAGAGCAGAGCACCGAGAGGAUUUUGUCCACUUUGACCCAGA